CGGAAGUCAGCGUCGGUGACGUCGCCCGGCUUGACUUGAGGCUUUGUGGAAGGGUUUGGUCAGUGUUGAUAGAAGGACAGCAUGAGACGCUUUUUCACUCGGACCAUGCAAACCCUUGAGCAUUUGGAGGAAAAUACCGUUUGACAUCUCAGAUGAAAAGAGACAUGUGGAGGAUCCUCACGCUCUCACUGGUAAUUGGCUUGGCUCUGGGCACCGAGGUGUCCCAGGAUGGGGGGACGUUGGCGGACGUGGUGCAGGAAAACGCCAGCGACAUAUCCUGCAUCGAGCCCGGAAGUGCGGGGCGCCAGAUCCUGGCCGCCCAGUUCGAGUGCUACCUGAAGAUAAUCCACGACCCGCCUCACACCGGAGAAGGACCUUACUGCAACCGAACAUGGGACGGCUGGAUGUGUUGGGGAGACUCGUCUCCAGGGACGGCCAUGCAGAUGUGCCCUGCAUACUUUCAUGACUUUGACCCUACUGAGAGAGUCACCAAAGUGUGCAAUCCCGAUGGCCAGUGGUUCCACCACCCGAAGAGCAACAGAGUCUGGUCCAACUACACCGAGUGUUCAGCCCACUCGAAAGUCAAAUUAAAGCUUGCGAUGAGCCUGUACUUCAUGGCUGUGGUGGGUCAUGGCCUCUCCAUCGUCUCCUUAAUCAUCAGUCUAAUCAUCUUCUCCUAUUUAAACAGUCUUAGCUGCCAGAGGAUUUCCCUCCACAAGAACACGUUUUGCUCCUUCAUCCUGAACUCCAUAGUUACCAUCAUGUUCCUUUCUGUCACUGUGGCCGGUAACGAAAACAUCCGAGCCAGCAACCCUGUGAGCUGCAAGAUCCUGGCGGUGCUGACUCAGUACACAUGCACGUCCAACUACUUCUGGAUGUUGUGUGAGGGCAUCUACCUCCACACGCUCAUCAUAGUGGCCGUGUUCGUAGGGGAGCAGCAGCUCUUCUGGUACUACAUCCUGGGAUGGGGUUUCCCCAUCGUGCCUGCCAUCACGUUCGCUGUUGCUCGUGGGCUCUACUUUAAUGACAUGUGUUGGAUCAGCACAAACACACAGUUGGUCUACAUCAUCCACGGGCCCAUCCAGGCCGCGCUGCUUGUGAACUUGUUCUUCCUGCUGAAUAUCGUUCGAGUUCUCAUCACCAAACUGAAGCGAACGCACUGCGCUGAGUCCACAGCCUACAUGAAGGCGGUGAGAGCCACGCUCAUCCUCAUCCCUCUGCUGGGCGUCCAGUUCAUCCUCUGGCCGUACAGACCAGAGGGACACAUCAGCCAGGCCAUCUUUGAAUUCUUUAUGAUCAUCUUCUCCAACUUCCAGGGGCUCAUGGUGGCCAUUAUAUUCUGUUUCUGCAACGCUGAGGCUCAAACAGCGAUGAAGAGGAAGUGGGCUCAGUGGAAAUCCGCCUGGGGCUACACUGGCUGGGGAGAGACGCCUGCCAACAGCAACCACUUUAGCUACCACACCAACUCCUCCAUAGCCGAGACCAGCCGCGCCACGGUGAGCCCGGAGCAGCCCGCCGCCACCGCCACACCCGUCCAGCCCAAAGGGAACUGCCACCAGAUGGCCCUGCUGCACCACAAAGCCAGCAGCCAGGAAAAGACCAGAAAGCCAUCAACCAACGGGGAGGUGGACAUUAACAACAUGCUGGAGACCUCUGACAUCUGAGCGGAUGAAGGCUGUGCCGCAAACCCAUUAAGUACACCACAACUGAAAAAAACGGAUAUUUAAAUAAGAAACAAACACGUACGGGGCUACUAUCUGGAGAACAAUCAAACAUGCGAUGUUUCUUGUGCAUGCACUUCCAUUUUACAGGAGCCAAAGUCUUUUUGUUUCUUGCAAAAACCAAUAGGGAAAUACAAUUAUCACCAUGGUGCCACCUUGCUUUAAUCAUGUCAACUUAUGUAUUUUGGUUGGUUUUGUGUACUGUAUAUAUUUUUUCUAUACGAUUCACUGCCAUAUGACGUACAGUACAUGGACCUACGUCUGUACAGUCCGCUGCCCUGUGGAGCCUCUGGACGCUUUAGCCUCGCACCACUGUCACUGAUGAAUAUCUCUGGCUGCUCGCGUGAUUUCCUGUGUUGUACAUGCCUUAAAAAUGAAAAGGACAUUUUCAAUCUGUGAUUAUUUUUUAAUAAUGGUCUCUUUUUUAAAACGUAAUAGCUUUCUCACCCCAUUAAAGAAUACUUUACUCACAUUUCCCAACAAAAACACAAAUAGCAUUUAGUGUACAAAGGAGUUUAUGGGGGCCAAAGCAUCUUGAAUUUAUACCGCAGAACAUCAUGAAAAAUAUGUUUUAGACACACAAACCCGAGUAACUAUAUAAAAAGUUGAAAUGUAAUACCACAUACAAACGGGUUGUGACAUUAGCAUCAGCCUCUCGCCAAAUGUGGGUAAAACCAGAAGGUAGCUGAUGAAUUUGAAUGUGUUAUUUUCUUAACUCAUGCCAGUACGGAUACAAAGGCAAAAGGGAUUAAGUUCACAUGCAGUAUGUUCAGGAUCAAUUAAGCCUGUGGAAUCAUGUAUUUAAGCAGAGAAUGCAAAUUUUAAAAAUGAUUUUUCUGUUCAUUCUUUUAUUCUAAAUUGUUUUUGGGAGACAAAAAAUGCCCUCUGGUUUGUAGUUUGUACAAUAUUUGUUUUGUGUGUAAUACAGCAGAUCUUUGAUAUGGUGAGCUUUAAUACGAUUUAAUAAGAGCUCAAAAUGACAGAAUUUACUGACAAGCCUGUGUCCACUGUUGGAAAUAAAUGUUUUUUUUAUUUCAUUAUUCUGUCUCUGAAUCACUCCCAUUCUGCCAGCCCCUUCCAUAAAA